CAGCUUCAGACUGGCUAUGGAAGUCUCCCUGGGUCUGGUUGUGAUACCUGAAUAAAUCAUCAUGGAUGGAGUGUUCUGAAUCUGAAGUUCUGAACCCACCACCGUGGGGUCUGCAGAUAUGCUUUGUUUUCUGUAGUAAAUUUGUGGGUUUGCCUGACAAUACUCUUUUCUGAUUUGCUCACCCAAUCAAGCAAUCAUUCUAAUCUCGCAUGAUUAAAAGACUUAGCAUUAUCGAUGAUCUUUGCUUGUCCGACUGCUCAGGUUACCUGAACAACCCGGAGGCCACGAAGAACAGCAUCGACGCCGACGGGUGGCUGCACACCGGCGACGUCGGGUUAGUGGACGACGACGACGAGAUCUUCAUCGUCGACAGGCUCAAGGAGAUCAUCAAGUACAAGGGCCUCCAGGUGGCCCCUGCCGAGUUGGAGGCCCUCCUCAUCACUCACCCGAGCAUCAUCGACGCCGCCGUCGUUGGGAAACAAGUCGAGCCAGAAAUCGGAGAAAUCCCGGUGGCCUUUGUGGCCAAGGCAGAAGGGAGUGAGCUCAGCGAAGAUGACGUGAAGCAAUUCGUGGCAAAGGAGGUGAUCUACUACAAGAAGGUCCGCGAGGUGAAUUUUGUCGACAAAAUCCCCAAGGCGCCAUCGGGCAAGAUCCUUCGCAAGGAGCUAAGGAAACAACUUCAGCAGCAGAACCCACCAGCUGUGUGAUCCGAACAGACCCGUGUGCAUCGCUCGUUAUUCAUGAUUCGUUCGAAUGUUGACAUGUGGAGGAAGAACUUAAUUCAGAGGCACAGAGUGUUUUUAUCUGUUGUUGUGUAAUGUAUCUAGCUAGCUGGUGAGGCAGAGAGGAUCGAUUGAUUGGAAAUUGGAAUUUUGAAGUACAUCAUGUUGGGGAGUCAUGUUUAUUAGGGUUCCUCAUGGUCUGGUUGUUGUUGUUCGGCUGUGCUGCCUGCUUGUAAUAUUUCUCGUUGUCCGGUAUGUUUAAUUUUCGUCACUGUAGAUUGGAAUGAAGCGGAAGCUAUUGACUUUGAAUUUG